AUGAUCGCGGCGCAGGCCAAGCUCGUGUACCAGCUCAACAAGUACUACACGGAGCGAUGUCAGGCUAGGAAGGCGGCCAUCGCCAAGACCAUCCGCGAAGUGUGCAAGGUGGUGUCCGACGUUCUCAAGGAGGUGGAGGUGCAGGAGCCGCGCUUCAUCAGCAGCCUGAGCGAGAUCGAUGGCCGCUUCGAGGGCCUCGAGGUCAUCUCGCCCACCGAGUUCGAGGUGGUGCUCUACCUCAACCAAAUGGGCGUCUUCAACUUCGUGGACGACGGCUCGCUGCCCGGCUGCGCCGUCCUCAAGCUGAGCGACGGGCGCAAGCGCAGCAUGUCGCUGUGGGUGGAGUUCAUCACGGCGUCGGGCUACCUGUCGGCGCGCAAGAUCCGCUCGCGUUUCCAGACGCUCGUUGCGCAGGCGGUGGACAAGUGCAGCUACCGCGACGUGGUGAAGAUGGUGGCGGACACGAGCGAGGUGAAGCUGCGCAUCCGGGAGCGCUACGUCGUGCAGAUCACGCCCGCGUUCAAGUGCGCGGGCAUCUGGCCUCGCAGCGCGGCGCACUGGCCCCUGCCGCACAUCCCCUGGCCCGGGCCAAACCGCGUGGCCGAGGUGAAGGCGGAAGGCUUCAACCUGCUCUCCAAGGAGUGCUACGCGCUGGCCGGCAAGCAGAGCUCGGCCGAGAGCGACGCCUGGGUGCUGCAGUUCGCCGAGGCCGAGAAUCGCCUCUUGCUCGGCGGCUGCCGCAAGAAAUGCCUCUCCGUGCUCAAGGCGCUGCGCGACCGGCACCUCGAGCUGCCGGGCACGCCGCUCAACAACUACCACAUGAAGACCCUGCUGAUGUACGAGUGCGAGAAGCACCCGCGCGAGUCGGACUGGGACGAGUGCACGCUGGGCGACCGCCUCAACGGCAUCCUGCUGCAGCUCAUAUCGUGCCUGCAGUGCCGUCGCUGCCCGCACUACUUUCUGCCGAACCUCGACCUGUUCCAGGGGAAACCACACUCGGCGCUGGAGAACGCGGCCAAGCAGACGUGGCGCCUCGCACGCGAAAUCCUCACCAACACCAAGAGCCUAGACAAACUCUGA